GCGCGCUCCUAGUUCGCUCGCCGACAUCGACCGAGGCGGGAGCGGGCUCGGGCGAGUGGGGCGGGGCGGGAGAAAGUGGCCGCCCGGAGGACGUUGGCGUUUACGCGUGGCGGCGGAGCGGAAGAGUUUGGCUUAUCGUGCGCGCCUUCGAGAACCGCCCGCCGUUGGCUGAAGGGUCCGCCCGGAGCCUCGUCCCCCUCCGACCGCGGCCCCGCGCGCCGAGCUCGCCGGCCCGAGCCUGCGUGGGCGACCGGUGGGACAGUGCACUCGAACCCCGCCGCGUCCCGCGCCUGGAGCCGCCCCCCCGAGUACCCAUGGCGACGCGGGUGCUGACCAUGAGCGCCCGCCUGGGACCCGUGCCUCAGCCGCCGGCCCCUCAGGACGAGCCGGUGUUCGCGCAGCUCAAGCCGGUGCUGGGCGCCGCGAACCCGGCCCGCGAUGCGGCGCUCUUCCCCGGCGACGAGCUGAAGCACCCGCACCACCACCCGCAGGCGCAGCCCGCGCCCCCGCAGCCCCCGCAGCCGGCGCCGCCGCCCGCCGCGGGCCCUCGGCUGCCCCCGGAGGAGCUGGUCCAGACAAGAUGUGAAAUGGAAAAGUAUCUGACACCUCAGCUCCCUCCAGUUCAAAUAAUUCCAGAGCAUAAAAAAUAUAGACGAGACAGCGCCUCAGUGGUAGACCAGUUCUUCACCGACAGCGAAGGGCUACCCUACAGCAUCAACAUGAACGUCUUCCUGCCCGACAUCACUCACCUGAGAACUGGCCUGUACAAAUCCCAGAGACCAGCAACGUGCGUGACACACAUCAAGACCGAACCUGUUGCCAUUUUCAACCACCAGGGCGAUGCGUCAGCCGCUCCUCCGGCCCCAACCCAGGCCCUCCCCGAAUUCACCAGUAUAUUCAGCUCCCACCAGACCGCCGCCCCAGAGGUGAACAAUAUUUUCAUCAAGCAAGAACUUCCUACACCAGAUCUUCAUCUUUCUGUCCCUCCCCAGCAGGGCCACCUGUACCAGCUCCUGAAUACACCGGAUCUAGAUAUGCCCAGUUCUGCCAACCAGACAGCGGUGAUGGACACGCUCAACGUUUCCAUGUCUGCCGCCAUGGCGGGCCUUAACACACACACCUCUGCCGUUCCACAGACUGCAAUGAAACAAUUCCAGGGCAUGCCCCCUUGCACAUACACCAUGCCAAGUCAGUUUCUGCCACAGCAGGCCACUUACUUUCCCCCUUCACCGCCGAGCUCGGAGCCUGGAAGUCCCGAUAGACAAGCAGAGCUGCUCCAGAAUUUAACCCCACCGCCAUCCUAUGCUGCUACGAUUGCUUCCAAACUGGCGAUUCACAAUCCCAACUUACCCGCCACCCUGCCAGUCAAUUCACCCAACAUCCAACCUGUCAGAUAUAACAGAAGGAGUAACCCCGACUUGGAGAAGCGUCGCAUCCACUACUGCGACUAUCCUGGCUGCACAAAAGUUUAUACAAAGUCUUCUCAUUUAAAAGCUCACCUGAGGACUCAUACUGGUGAGAAGCCCUACAAGUGCACCUGGGAAGGCUGCGACUGGAGGUUCGCGCGCUCGGACGAGCUGACCCGCCAUUACCGGAAGCACACGGGCGCCAAGCCGUUCCAGUGCGCGGUGUGCAACCGCAGCUUCUCGCGCUCCGACCACCUGGCCCUGCACAUGAAGAGGCACCAGAACUGAGCGGCGCCAGACGCCCCGCGCUCCGCAACCCCCUGGCCGGCCACCUUUUCAGCUACAAACUUAACCUGUUCCUAUAAAAAAAAAAGAAUCAAAAAAAAGAAAAAAACUGGAAAUGUAUAUUUUGUAUAUUUGAGAAAACAGGGAAUCCAUUGUGUGAAUACCAAAGUGUUUGGUCAUUGUCGGAGCCUGGAAUGUUCGCUGUCGUGUCCCGGCUUUCCCCAAGCCGGCUUCAUCUCCUGGCGGGCAGCUACGUGGCGGCACAGCGGGGCUGGGGCGCCGUCCGAGUGUGCACCUGGGCGCCAGUGUUUAGUCAACAAGGCAGCUGGCAGGCGCCUGGAGAAGGCUGCUGCAUGCAUUGGGGGUCAGGAUUGUACUUGACUGUCAAGUAGAUGCUUCGAGAAUAGCUAAUUUCUGAGAGGGGCGCAGCAGUACCCGGACCUGGCAAUUCACAAAUGAUAGCCAUUGAACAAAUGUUCUUGUUGUGUUCUUUUAUAUGAGUUGCCUAUAUUUGCUAUUUGAGAUUUUGUAAAUAUGCAGAUCAGCUUUAUAGGUUUAUUACAAGUUUUUAAAGAUUCUUUUGGGGGGGGGAAAUCAUACUUUUUGAAAAAUAACCAUGAGUACAUUUACAGUCUGAAUUUGUGAUACCUCUCAACAUCGCCAAAUUAAUUUCUUUAAGGGGAAAGAAUAAUCAUUCAAAUGAACUUUAAAAAGCAAAUUUUGUGCACUGAUUAAAAUAGGAGUGUUUAUUUUAAAUACAAAAAGAUGUUUUAUAUGAAUUGUAACCUGAAGAGCUUAAAAAAAUAGUUACGGUAUAUGAAAGUUAAACCUCUUACAAUAAGCUAAACACAGUAUCAUCUGUAGAAGGAAGGACUGCCGUUUUCACAUGGCAAUGUUGAAUGCAGUUUUCAUAUACAGAAAUGUUUGCUCGUGCAGUACUGUUGGAUAAAUGACAAUUUAUGUGGAUUUUGCAUGUACUAUACAAUGAGACACAGUAAUUUAAUUAAAUUACAGUGCAGUUAGCUAAUCUGUUAUACUGACUCGGUGUCUGCCUUUAAGUAGAAAUGCUAUGUUGAAAACUUAAAGCAAGCGCUACAUAUAUGCAAUAUAAACUGCUGAUGCUGUUAACCAAAGGGCAGAAUACAUACGCAGAAUGCCAAAAGGGGUCUUAAUUGAAAUGAAAAUUUAAUUUUGUUUUUAAAAUAUUGUUUAUCUUUAUUUAUUUUGUGGUAAUAUAGUACGUUUUUUUAGAAAACAAUUUUCAUAACUUGAUAAAUUAUAGUUUUGUUUGUUAGAGUUGCUCUUAAUGUGUAAAUAGACGACAAACGGUGUAAAUAAUUUUGUAAGAGGCUUCAAAAUGUUUAUACGUGGAAACAUACCUACAUGAAAAGCAUAAAUCGGUUGCUGUUUUGCUUCUUUUUCCCUCUUAUUUUUGUAUUGUGGUCAUUUCCUAUGCAAAUAAUGGAGCAAACAGCUGUAUAGUUGUAGAAUUUUUUGAGAGAAUGAGAUGUUUAUAUAUUAACGACAAUUUUUUUGGAAAAUAAAAAGUGCCUAAAAGA